CUGCCUAACUUAAAAAAAUUCUCUCCAUUCUUCUUUACCAAGUAAACCAACGGCCCACUUCGGCUUCCCUCUUCCGGUUCCCGUUCACCGUACCGUCGUUAAAUAUUCCUCCCAUGGCGUCGCCCGGCCUCACCGAUCUCGCCGGAGCUGAUGGAUCCGAAUCUAAUUCCUCCCUCUUUCCACCUGGAGGCGAGGGCGACUCGGCCACUCCCAAGUACGAUCAGCCGCUCCUCAAACCCGACUCCUCCCCCACCGCUGCCUUGGCCUCCGCCGCGGUACCGAUUUCUUCCGAGGAGUUGGAUAGGAAGUAUGCCCCCUACGUGCGAAGGGACGCCUACGGCACGAUGGGAAGGGAGAAGCUCCCUCUGACGGAGAAGAUUUUGUUAGGGAUAGCGGCGGUGACGCUGGUGCCUAUUCGCGUGGUUGCAGGGGUGCUGAUACUUGUGUUUUACUAUCUUAUCUGCCGGAUAUGCACGUUAUUCUCCCCUCCGAGUCGGGAGAAUGGCCAGGAGGAUUACGCUCACAUGACUGGGUGGAGGAGGGAGGUGAUUGUGCGAUGCGGGAGAUUUGCCUCUAGGGCAAUGCUCUUCGCGUUUGGUUUUUACUGGAUCAAAGAGAGUCGUCGGGGCCUUGGUAACGAGGUCAAUGAAUUUGAAAGACCAGGUGCCAUUGUUUCAAAUCACAUUUCUUAUGUGGAUAUUCUCUAUCAUAUGUCAUCAGCCUUUCCAAGUUUUGUUGCAAAGAGAUCAGUAGCUAGUCUUCCCUUGGUUGGUCUCAUCAGCAAGUGUCUUGGUUGUGUCUAUGUUCAACGGGAGUCCAAGUCAUCUGAUUUGAAAGGGGUUUCAGGUAUUGUCACAGAAAGAAUCCAGAAAUCCCACAAAGACUAUCUUUGCCCAAUGAUGUUGCUCUUUCCAGAGGGAACUACUACAAAUGGUGAUUUUCUUCUUCCUUUCAAAUCUGGUGCCUUCUUAGCCAAAGCACCCGUGGUUCCAGUUAUUCUUCGGUAUCCUUACCAUAGAUUUAGUCCGGCAUGGGAUUCCAUAUCAGGGGUACGCCAUGUUUGUUUGCUUCUUUGCCAAUUUGUAAACCAUCUUGAAGUGAUCCAUUUGCCUGUUUAUUAUCCUUCCGAGCAAGAAAAGGAGGAUCCCAAACUCUACGCUAACAAUGUGCGGAAGUUAAUGGCAACUGAGGGAAAUCUAAUGCUUUCAGAUGUUGGACUUGCCGAGAAACGAAUCUACCUUGCUAUUCUGAACGAUUGCAUCACUAGAAACUAAACCAUCAAUCUGUUCUUGAUGCAGGUACGCUUUUUCAAAGUUAAUUGGGAUUCUCUCCUUGUAGACUAUUUAUUUAUUUUCGUAUAAUCAAUGGCAACAAAACCCCCCAAAGAAGCAAAAUUACGACAUCCCACCUUUCUCGAAUCUUCUGCUCAGCCCUCAAACUACUGCAGCAUCCCAAAAAAUUUAAGAUAAAAAGAAAAAAAAUGCUCGACGUAAAAAAUCAUGGUGGCUAUGCCCUUUUUUUUUUUUUUUGUCGUCUUGUUGUUGUUGUUGUUUUUAGUGGUAGUGAUAACUUUGUAUCAGCCAUUUACUUAACAAUUUUGUUUUGAGUACAAGGAAAACUUCACAGAAAUGAUAAAUAUGGAGAUUAGCUGA